AUGACGACCGAAGAACUUUCUGGAGUCGCGAACAAAACCACGAAAGAAGAUGACGUCGACUCCAAAGAACAGCCGGUCAUUGCCAAAAUCAGUUUCCCGGAUUUCGACCCAGACGACAUUGAAACCUGGUUCAUGUGUCGCGAGGCGGCAUUCAGUGUUAAUUCCAUACGGAACAAUAAGUUCAAGUUCAAUGCCGUAAUCGUUGCCCUCGGUUCGCGCGCGAAAUUAGUGCACACAGUGAUCACUAGCUGCAACGCGUCGAACACCAACGACAAGUACGACUGUCUCAAAGCAGCUGUGAUGGCGCAUUUCCAGCCGUUAGAAACGCAGCGAUUGACCAGCCUGCUUUCCGGUAUGUCCUUAGGGGGCCAAAAACCAAGUAUUCUCCUGUCCGAGAUGCGCCGCUUGGGCGGAGUAGGUUGCACCGACAGCGUAUUGUCUAACCUCUGGUUGCGAGCCCUUCCCAACACCACUCGUUCUAUCAUCGCCGCCAUGCUAACUGCGGCGCUCGACGAGCAAGCGAAGGUGGCGGAUAAAAUUUUGGAGGCACCCCGUGAGCAAAUCGCAGCCGUUCAGAAGCCCGAACCCUCAUCGACAUCGUCCCUCGAACAACGCAUCGAAGCACUAUCGAGACGCCUGGAUGAAGCCUUGUCAGAGAGAAUUAGCUCAAGUACCACCGUCGUCGACCCCGCAACACCUAGCGAACCUACCCGGACCCAGAACACCAGCAGCCUGAACCAAACCGCGGACGUCCAGCGAAUCCACAUCCACGACCUCAAAACUUCGAACCGGUACCUCAUCGACACCGGCGCUAACAUCUCUGUCGUACCACCCACACCAAAGGAACGCCUCAAGCCAACAAUCUCCGAGCAACUUUUCGCCGCAAACGGUACCCAAAUUCAGACCUACGGUACCAAACGCAUCACCGUCGAUCUGGGUUUGCGAAGAACAUUCUUGUGGGUAUUCGUCAUCGCCGAUGUGAAAUCCCCUAUCAUCGGUAGCGACUUCCUCAAACAUUUCGAUCUUCUCGUGGAUCUGCGGAGAAACAAGUUGAUCGAUAAUACCACCCGAUCAUCACCGGGCCGUCCCCACCGGUUACCUGUCGACAAACUGAAAGAAGCGAAAGCUGAGUUCCAGUUCCUAAUGGAGCAAGGAAUUUGUCAGCCGUCGAAAAGCAGCUGGGCCAGCCCGCUGCACCUCGUCAAGAAGUCGAACGGCAAGUGGCGACUACGUGCGUACCACCAAAUCCCAAUGGCCCCCGAAGAUGUCCCCAAGACGGUCAUCACAACCCAAUUCGGACUCUUCGAGUUCAACUAUAUGACCUUUGGGCUGCGUAAUGCAGGUCAAACACUGCAAAGGCACCUGCACGCCAUACUGGGCGACCUCGAUUUCGUCUAUCCCUACAUCGACGAUCUCUGCAUUGCAUCAGACAACGUAGAGCAACACAAAGAGCACCUCCGCAUCGUUUUCGAGCGGUUGAGACAAAACGGCCUCGUCAUCAACGCCGCAAAAUGCCAGAUUGGUCAGGAAUCAGUCGAUUUCCUGGGCCACGAAGUCACUCCCGACGGAAUCAAGCCCAAGCGCAGCAAGGUCCAAGCAAUCCUGGAUGUCCCGAGGCCAACAAACGCCAAGCAGCUGAAGAGGUUCCUCGGCACGAUAAAUUUCUACCGACGCUUCAUCCCACGAGCAGCAGCAAACCAACAGAUUCUGCAGGCGAUGAUCGGUGGAAAUGUCCGCAACGACACUACAGAACUCGAAUGGAGCGAAGCCACGAAUGAAGCAUUCGAACGAUGCAAGCAGGAUUUGGCGAACGCUACUCUGCUUGCUCACCCGUCUCCAGAAGCGAAGCUCGCCCUAGACGUCGACGCUUCUAACACUUGCAUCGGAGCCGUCCUACACCAGAUCACGAACAAUGGCCCUCAACCACUUGCUUUCUUCUCCAGAAAAUUGAGCGAGAGCCAACAAAAGGCUAGCACGUACAAAAGAGAGCUAAUCGCUAUGUACGAAGCAGUCAAGCACUUUCGUGAUAUUCUGCAGGCUCGAGAUUUCUAUAUCUAUACAGAUCACAAGCCCCUCACCACCGCUUUGCAGCAACGACCCGACAAAGCAACUCCAACACAACAGCGCAGACUCAGCUACAUCAGUGAGUACUGCACCGACAUUCGGCAUGUAUCGGGCGAAGCAAAUAAAGUCGCCGACAUGCUGAGUCGUAUCAACACCAUUACCACCACCGAGGCAAUCGACUGCGACCGAAUGGCUGAGUUGCAGAAGACCGAGCCUGAGCUGCAGAAAUUUUUGGAGAACCCACCAACCAACACAACCGUUAAGCUGAAGCGACUGAAAUCACCUCUAGCCUCCACACCGAUAUACUGCGACAUCUCUACAGAAGCCAUCCGUCCGAUCUCAACCCCGAACGAACGAUUUGCGCACAUCCACAUGGAACUCAUCGGCCCGCUUCCACCGUCCGAAGGUAAUAUGUACUGUCUCACCAUCAUCGACAAAUUCACCCGAUGGCCUGAGAUUUUUCCACUACCUAACAUGACGGCGCUCACCGUCGCACGUGCCUUCGUCAGCGGCUGGAUCUCCCGAUUCGGUGUUCCAACAAAUGUAACUACGGACUGUGGGAGACAAUUUGAAUCCGAGUUGUUCCGCACACUGCACUGA